AUGGCAUAAAAGAGAUAACUGAAAUAACCAGACCCUGGACAAGUGGUUAAUAAAGACAUAGUAUUUAGUGAAAACAUUAGAAAUGAAAUGAAAUUCUUUGAUAAGAAUAGAACAGAACAUUUUCAAUUGAACCCUAAUAGAGGUAUUUAUUAAUGCAUAUUCUUAAAGUUGUAAUUUUGGCUGAGAAACCUAAUCACAUAAGUAUAUAUAAUAAUGAAAUUGUAAGAACCUCAAUCACAUUAAUCUUAAAGAAAAGAGAAGGAUAAUGAUAUCUUUGGAAAUCCAUAUACAGAUGAUCCUGUUGAGGAAGCAUUCUCAAACUAGAAAUUAGAGAAGACUUUAGAAUUGAGAAAUUAAAUUCCAAGAUAAAAAUACAAUUUCCCUAUGACCUAGAAUUAAGAAAUUGGUUGGUUUGCCAACUAAUUAGUACAUUUGAUUAUAUUUUAGAAUGUCUAUAAACCAACAAAGAAUUUUGCAAAUCAAUAAUGUGAAAUAACUAAAUUCGUUGAUAAUUAUUUUGAAAUGACUCAUGAAAACCCAUUUAAAAAGAAGAGAUCUUGA